AGUUUGCGGAACAAAAAUCUGAUCAACUUUGGCUGAUAAAAAUUGAAAAUAAAAGAUUCCAGUUUGCGGAACAAAAAUCUGAUCAACUUUGGCUGAUAAAAAUUGAAAAUGAUGGGAGUAAUAUUUUCAAAAUGGAUCCUGCUGCAAGGCAGGGGAUAUGGCUGUUUGUAGAAAAUAUUUACCAUACUUGUUGCAAAGUUGUGCUCUACCUAGAUGUGCUCUAUUGUACAUUUACAAUCAUCGGAGAAGGAAACAGCAUACUAUCUCAUUCAAUAUUCUACAGAAUUGCUUUAACUUAGAUAUAUAUUUAUUCUGCUUAGCGUGUAAUGGUUUUCACAAACUUUGUUCUAUAUUUCAUUAUCAUAAUAUAUAUGUGUGUAUAUAUAUGGUAAUUUUAAUAUUUUCAAUAAUACAACCUAGAAAUCUUCAGAUUAAACACAAAGAUCGACAUAAACAUUAUAUAACAUUAAAUAGUAGCGUGUAUUGUAUUUUUACAUCUCAUAGAAAAACCAAAAGACGAAAACAUUUUCAAAUAUUAAAUAGUAGCGUGCAUUGUAUUGGUAACUUUAUCACGACAUAUAGUCGUGUGUUUAUAUCUCAUAGAAAAACCAAAAGACGAAAACAUUUUCAAACAUUAAAUAGUAGCAUGUAUUGUAUUAUUAACUUUAUCACAAACUAUAGAAUAGAAGUGUGUUAAUAUCACAUAGAAAAAAAAAAAAAAAAAGAAAACAUUUUAUAAUUUUAUAACAUUAAAUAAAAGUGUUUAUUAAAAACAUUAACUUUAUAACCUGUAUUAUAUUCAUACAAUAUCAGAAAUGGCAGUGUAUCUAUCAUUUAAUUCAUCAGAAUAAAAGUAAACAUAUUUCAAAGUGCAAGAGUUAUUAAGUGUUAAGCAUUUUUAAAUUUAAAAGCAUAUCUUUGCUAUACAUAUUAAUUACAAUAUGAUUACGCGGCUAAGUCAAACAUUAACCAUAGAAACCAUAAAACAGGGUAUUAGUGGUGAUGUACAACCAACUUCAGAUUGUAUGAAAUAUGAAUGGAUGAGACUAGGUUCUUUCAAAUUAUUUCCUAGACAAUCUGAAGGAAGGCCGAUAAAAUUAGCUAAAGCUGGGUUUGUCUUUACCGGUACCAGAGAAGAUGAUGCUGUCACGUGUUUUACAUGUGGUGUUACUAAAAAUAACUGGCGUAAAUAUGAAGACCCUCUUCAAGUUCACAAAGAUCUGAAUUCAAGAUGUAAUUUUGUAAACAAUAUAUCUAUAAAUGUCAGCAUCGUAGUUCCAGAACCGAUUGUCUAUGGCAAAAUUUUGGAGACUCUGCAUGAAACGUACUGUAGUGGAAACAGGGGGGAGAACUCGCGCAGUACAUCUCCAUUCUCUACAGGUAUCAACACUGGAAUAACGGACCCAACAAUAAGACAAACAUAUGGUAUUCCAUUAGAAAGACAAGAUACAAACCAGGCAGUACAAGUCACUGACGAUGGAAUGGGAGCAGAUGUUAGUAGAAUGGUACCCAAUCAAUCCAUGAGUUCUGCUAGUGUUGUAUUAACGGGUGACUCUAACAGACAAACUAUGGUAGUAGAAGAAGCAAGAUUAAGAACAUUUCAAAACUGGCCAAGAUAUUUGACUGUUAGACCGAUUGAAUUAGCACGAGCUGGAUUCUAUUAUCUUGGUUCUGCUGACCGGGUACAGUGUGCCUUCUGUAGAGGUAUUUUGAGGGACUGGGAAGAAGCAGAAAGUCCAGUCGCUGAACACUGGAGAUAUUUUUCCAGUUGUGAAUUCUUGAGAGGAACCGACCAAUCUAAUGUUCCGAUUAUACCAAAUGAUAGUUAUAUACAUGAUUAUGUAUCAACUCAUCCACUGAGUUCUACAGAUGAAGAUGUUAGAGCAGCUCUUAAUCCACUAUCAACUAUCUUAAAAAAUGGAAAUUUAAACCUAGUUCAAAGUGAUGCCCCAGCAACCGCAGAAGAUUUAGGUAUCAUCACUCAAACAGCUUCCCAACCAGAUAAAGCUAUACUCGCUACUCGAGUGGCAACAUUUGCUAAUUGGCCGAGAAGAUCGCCAUUGCCCAGCAAAGAACAGAUUGCUGAAGCUGGAUUUUACUACCUUGACCGAGAAGAUGCAGUAAAAUGUUUCUUUUGUGGUGGUGUUUUAAAAUCCUGGAGAGAUGAGGAUAUCCCAUGGAAAGAACAUGCAAAAUGGUUUCCUAAAUGUGCAUAUUUACUGAGGAUCAAAGGUCAAGAAUUUGUGGACACUAUACAUCAACCUGGUACCGGUACGGCAAAGGUUGUAGGAACUAAUGGUUCUGUGGGUGCUACAGGUCAGUAA